AUGUCCGCGCAGAACUCCAACCCCGCUAAAGCCGCUCUCCUCAACACGAUCAGCAGCCUCAUCGACUGUCUAGUCAACAUCAAGGAUGAGAACAGCGAGUUCCUGUUGACUCUGGAAGACGGCCGGGUCAUCGAUACCAAGGGAUGGAAUGACUGGGAGUGGACGCAUGGUGUCGGGCUGUAUGGCCUAUUGCAGUUGCACAAGAUCACAGGAGACAAGCAAGCUAUGGACAUUGCAGUCCAGUGGUUCACAGAUCGGUUUGCGGCGGGUACGACGAAGAACAUCAACACAAUGUCGCCAUUGUUGACGGCGGCCUACGCGCACGAACUCGGGCGGGCGGACUACGGCGUUCACCUAGACGCAUGGGCUGAAUGGGCAAUGUACGAGCUGCCGCGGACGGAGGAGGGUGGCUUCCAGCACAUCACAUACGUCGACGAGAACUACCAGCAGCUAUGGGACGAUACGCUCAUGAUGACCGUGCUUCCGCUCGCCAAGAUCGGACUCGUACUGGACAGGAAGGAGUAUGUUGAGGAGGCUAAGCGGCAGUUCAUGGUUCAUAUCAAGUACCUCGCGGACGUUCAGACCGGUUUGUGGUUCCAUGGUUGGACGUUCGAUGGCCGACACCACUUCGCCGACGCACGCUGGGCGCGCGGCAAUUCCUGGGUCACCGUGUCUAUCCCGGAUUUCAUCGAGCUUCUGCGUCUCCCUCCCGACGACGGCCUCCGACUCUUCCUCGUGGCAACUCUACGCGCUCAGAUUGACGCGCUUGUUCGCACGCAGGAUGCGGAAACUGGUCUUUGGCACACUAUCCUCGAUGACGCAACGUCGUAUCUUGAGGCGAGCGCGACGGCCGGUUUUGCGUAUGGCAUCUUAAAGGCGUUGCGCCUUCGUCUAAUCCCGAAGGAGGAGUGUUACGUGACGUGCGCGAAGAAGGCGAUCGAGGGCAUCUUAAGGAAUGUAACGGAGAAAGGAGAGCUGCAGCAGGUCAGCUUCGGGACGCCCGUAUUCAAUGAUCUACAGGGCUACAAGGACAUCCCUUUGACGUCAAUGCCUUACGGGCAGAGCCUAGCAUUGCUCGCCCUGACAGAACACCUGCGCACACUCAUGUAG